AUGGUCGUCGGCCUGCUCUUGCUGGUUUUACCACUUAUUGCCGACGCAGCAGCGGUGGACGCGCAAGCCGGCGAGAAGAGCGCAAACGACAAGAGCCAGAGCGCAUCGGCGAAGAAGAGUGUCCCGUUCUGCACAGCGAUUUCAAAGACAACAGGAAACUUCUACGACUUGAGUAAACUAUCGCGGGAAAAGGGCGUUCAUGAAUCUGAUUUCCAUAUCCGCGGCCACGAUUAUGGCAACAAUUUUACUAUGAACAUUUGUGCGCCGGUUCUGGCUCCUCCGACCGACAUCAUGGGCGUCAAAGAGGUUUCGAAUGUGUCGGCAUACUACACGACGGAGAAGGGCGAGAAGUUCUCGAUCGGCGAGGUUGCGCAGCCGCCUGCGUUCCGGGGACGUAAGCUAGUGCUCGAGUACAGUGACGGUUCACCAUGUCCUAAAGCACAGGAUCUGCGCAAGUCGUCGAUUAUCACGCUUGUGUGCGACCGCGAGCUGCUGACGGACAUUCAGCUGCAGUUCAUCGCGCAGGUGCACGAGUGCGCAUAUUUCUUUGAAGCGCGGACACCACACGCGUGCGCAAAGGCCGGAUCGCAGGGCGGAGGAGCAGAUACGCUGGGACCGUUUGGGAUGUUUGCAUUGAUUGUGUUUGUGAUGCUAAGUGUCUACUUUUUGGCGGUGUCGCGGAGGCGGGUGCCGUAUGUGCAUGCGUUUGUGAACGCGUUCUUCUCGCUGAUCCGCAAGGUGUCGGGAUGGGGGCCGGAGAUGGUUGCGCAGGAGAAGCCUACGGCGCGGUCAUACCAGUGA